GUUCAACCAGCUACUUUUCGCUAUACACAAAUGGUGAGAUACAGGUAGGGAUCGUAUUUGUAUUUUGCUGUCUUAUUGGAGUUGUUUUCGUUUUUGUGCUAAAUGGGAUGCAAAUUGCCACUUUUUGAAUUUCAUUUUAUCAGAAAACUAACCUAUUCUAUAGUAUGACUCCUGCUGAUACCAAGAAGAGCUGCAAGGCCCGCGGUUCUUACUUGACUGUGCACUUCAAGAACGCUCACGAGGUGGGUGCUGCCAUCAAGGACAUGUCUCUGCUCAAGGCCGAGAAGUACCUUAACGAUGUGAUUGCCCACAAGCAGGCUGUCGCCUUCACCCGCUUCAACGGUGGUGUUGGUCGUCACGCCCAGGCUCACUCCAUCAAGGCUCCUGGAGAUCAGUGCAGAUGGCCCAAGGCUGCCUGCAAGUUCUUCCUGGUGCUUCUGAACAACCUGAAGGCCAACGGUGAGGCGAAGGGUCUGAACGUGGAGAACCUUCGCAUCAGCCAUGUGCAGGUGAACCAGGCUCCCGUGAUGCGUCGUCGCACCUACCGCGCUCACGGACGUGUGUGCCCCUAUCUCCGCCACCCUGCUCACAUUGAGAUGAUGUGCACCGAGGAGGAUUCUGCGGUGAAGAAGGCUACUUCGAAGCCCACGCACAAGCGUCUCACUCGCAGACAGCUGGCGUACAGAAAGCUCACUCACCAGAAACUGGCUGAGAAGAAGAAGGAGGAGCAGGCCUAAGUUUGUUUCAUAGCAGCCGUGGUCGGUUGGUUGAUGCU